AAUGUCAUUUCUGUUUCUGUUGAGGUAGCGGGUGGCGACUUCAUUUCGUCAAAAAUAACACAAAUAACAAUAAAUAAGGUUUUUCCAUAAUUGUGAUCUAUUUGUGCAUUAUUGAAUAUAGUGUUAGGUCAGUUAGUUUUUAAAUUAACGUUGAUAUAACGUAUAGAUACCAUUCGUCAUCGUUCACUCGUUUUCGCAUCUAAAUCAACCAAGGCGAAUAAAUAAUAGUUACUUCAUUAAGGAAAAAAUAUAGAAAAUGUCUAGCGAAACAGGCAAAAACUUUUCAAAUCUGGAGACACCUGGGUAUGUGGGGUUUGCGAACCUUCCAAACCAGGUGCAUCGCAAGUCUGUGAAGAAGGGGUUUGAAUUCACUCUGAUGGUGGUUGGGGAGAGUGGACUCGGAAAAUCUACGCUUGUCAACUCUUUAUUCUUAACUGAUCUCUAUCCAGAACGCGUUAUACCGGAUGCUACUGAGAAAACAAACCAGACAGUGAAACUGGACGCUUCUACUGUGGAAAUCGAGGAGCGCGGCGUGAAACUGCGCCUGACAGUGGUUGACACCCCUGGUUACGGGGACGCCAUCGACAACACAGACUGCUUCCGUUCGAUCAUCCAGUACAUCGACGAGCAGUUCGAGCGGUUCCUGCGCGACGAGAGCGGCCUCAACCGCCGCAACAUUGUCGACAACCGUAUCCAUUGCUGCUUCUAUUUCAUAUCGCCCUUCGGACACGGACUGAAGCCUUUGGACAUAGAGUUUAUGAAGCAGCUCCACAAUAAAGUGAACAUCGUGCCGGUCAUCGCCAAGGCUGACUGUCUCACCAAGAAGGAGGUGCAACGGCUCAAGACCAGGGUGAUGGAGGAAAUCGAGAGAGAAGGAAUUAAGAUCUACCCCCUACCUGACUGCGACAGCGACGAAGAUGAGGAUUACAAGGAACAAGUGCGGCAGCUGAAGGCGGCGGUGCCGUUCGCGGUGUGCGGCGCGGGACAGCAGCUGGAGGUGCGCGGCCGCCGCGUGCGCGGCCGCCUCUAUCCCUGGGGCGUCGUCGAGGUCGAGAACCCCGACCACUGCGACUUCAUCAAGCUCCGGACCAUGCUCAUCACGCACAUGCAGGACCUGCAGGAGGUGACGCAAGAGGUGCACUACGAGAACUACCGAUCGGAACGCCUCGCGCGACAGGGACAGCUGCCCAAGCGACACACAUCGACGGAGAGCGGUCUGAGCGAGACGGAGUCCAACGGACACAGCAACGGCGCCGGCGAGGACGCGGCCGGGCGAGAGCGCGCCUUGAGGGAGAAGGAGGCGGAGCUGCGGCGCAUGCAGGAGAUGCUGGAGCAGAUGCAGCGCCAGAUGCAGCUGCAGGCCGCCAGCACCACCACAGCAUAAUGCUUCACCGACGCACAGUGCGAAACGAACGCGACGACGUACAAUCCAAUCGGGUUCGACAUCGUCAACACCAUACUGUGCGUCAUCCCCUACUGCGUCACCUCGACCUGAUAACAGAUCAGUAUGAUUUAUUCGUACGGCCCACGUAUGUAUUAUGUUAGAGUACACUGAUUGUGCCCAGUUUCUUAUAGUUUGUAGGACACUUAACGUCUACGGACGUUAUAACAAUAUGACUUCUUUUGUGUCUCAUUUAGUGUUCGUGAAAGGGUUAAACAACAAAGGCCGGUGCAUACUGAAUGCGCUUUGCAUGUUUAUUGAAUAGGAUAGAAUAUAAAAUACUUUAUUGGCCACUAAAUAUAAACAAAAACAUUACAUUUCUUCUUAACAAUAAAUAAAAUAUAAAAUAUUGCAUGUGAUUAUAACGCAUACGUGCACGCGUAUACAUUAAGCAUUAGGUCUGCACCGACUUUGAAUACCAUUUUGCCUAUAAUAUAUCGUCAUAAUGUAUUCUUGUCUUUUCCUCUAAAGAAAUCGCGUCGAAGAAAUAAACGAAUCGCGUUAUUACUUUACAUAAUAUGCAUUGAUCAAAAAGAUGAGGAACUGGGCGUAUCAGAUAUAUAAUUAGUAUUAUUUUCAUUAUUAUUUUAUCAUAUAUCACAAGGCGUUUAUUCUGGGCGACGUGUAACUAGAACAUGAAACAAUAACUUGAAAUUAUUUUUCCUUAUAUGUACGUUGAUAUAAGAAAGAAUGAUACUACAAAGAUGAUUUAUUGAAAGAUAAUUUUCCAUAAAAAUUACGCAAACCCAAUCUUAAGCGUACUUUGCUUAUAAAAAAGUGUAGCCUGUCAAGAAAGUGAAGACGGAUUUUUUAUGAACUACAUUUUUUGCCAUUGCAAAUAAAAUGGUCAAGAUUGCUUGACCCAGUGUUGCCAACGAAUAGGAGACAGCGCCCUCAUUUACUUGCUUCACUUUCUUGACAGACUGCAAGAGAGAAUCUGGUAAAGAGAAGUGUAUUUAACUUAAAUCACGAAUAUGUUCAUAUUUUUAUCAAAUAUAUUCAAUGUAAAGAUCUGCAAAAUAUGAGUUUGACGGUUUUCCAUGAUAUAAUUUGCUAAAAACUCCAGCUUUCAAACAUGUAACGAUAAGUUGUAUUGAGUGCCUUGUUUCAAAUCUUUUCGUCCUUUAAACAUCUCUAGAUUUAUCCCUCGUCUUGUCUCUCGCCUAGCGUUGCUGAGAAAUCGAUAGUUUUACUACCGAUAACGAACUACCAUCAAUACCAUCUAUCAAUCGAUAUUGGACUAUUGAUCGGCAACACUACUCUCGCCCUAAAGAUAUACUAGUAGUUACUAGAACUUAUUUCUAUGACUAAGUAUUUCCUAUAUAAAUAAGAUGCAAUAUUAUAUUAGCAGUUAAAUGUAGGUACAGUGUUAGCUGUAGACAUAGAACUUCAGUCAAUGAGAGAGGGCGAUGCAAUAUGUCGAGUAGUGAAACGAAUGUUAAUGUAUGGAAUUUCGUGAAAUACGUAAAGAUAUCAGCGGUGUGUGCAGAUGAAUGAGAUUGGCAGAAGAGAAUGGGGCGUUCUAUACAAAACUAUACUUAGUGAAUACUUUUCGCUUUAUUUUAUAGGAUAACAAAUAUUACACAAUGACUAGUCUAAGUUAAACAACGCUUCCUAAUGAAGUGAAAAGGCGCUGAGAAAAAACUUAACUUCAAAAGUAACACACUCUAUUUUUUGUAUAAUAUUUUGGGUUAACACAUUAUUUAAAAAGAAAUUAAAAUUUAUUAAACAUAAACCAGGUGCAUGGAAAAAUACAGUUCUUUUUAUUCUGUGUCAUUUUUUUUAACUGUGCUGAUAUAAUUUGAGUCAUCCAUUGGUUUAUUUAUUCGAAGGUAAAAUAUGAUUUGUUAGAUUUAAGGCUGCAACUAUUUUGCUAAAUGUGUUGUCAUUAACCUAUGUCUCGAAUCAACUACGAUUGAACUUGAAUUUUAUUAAACUAUAUUAAUUGUUCAAAAUCAACAGUGUUAUUAAAGUAUUAUAUUUUUCUUAUUGCACGUAUUAACGUAUAAAUUUAGCUUGAUUUAUGUUGGUUAGGACCAAUAUAGCAGGAUGGAAAAUUGAUAUCUAAUGACGUUGUGAUUCUCAUUCGUGAUUUACAACAUUUCUAUAAUACAAAUAAUAAACAUCUUGACUUUCAAGCUAGAUAGACUUGCCGAUGUACUUACAUUCGAUGCUAAAAUGCUAUUUUAUAAAUCAAGGUACAUUUGAUUUACCAUUUUAUCUAUGUCAUCAUAGUAUUUUUUAAGAUUUUAAAAUCUCAAUUUGACUGAUUGCGUUUUCCAUUAAUUAGGAUUUUUUUACUCUUUUAUACAGUGUUUAAUCUUAUAUAGUGGCUUGCCUGCUAGGAUAAAUUGAAAAUGAUAGUGAUUUGAAAUAAUGGAAGGCUGAUGUAGUUCCACGACUGGAAUGGUAAAAGGAGUAGGGCGUAAAGUUUAGGUAAGAAAAUCGAAGCUACGUAAAACGUGUUACACUUCCAAUCCUUGAGGGGAUCGUUUGGGCUCAUUCGCUGGGCAUUUUUUUUUCUGUAUCAAAGUCAUAGCAAAAGAAAUUUCUGAAAAUAUAAUCUUUAUAGAAGAAAAAAAAAACAGUAUUUUAUGUGUUUGGCAAGUGUCACACUUUACGUAUUACUCGUGUAUUACACUUGCCUCGAUUGACUUACAGAUCUUAAUCAAUUAAUUCGAAUAUUCCAUAUUGGUGCAUUUAUUUUAUGUAUGUAGCCUAGACUUGCACUCCUAGUGAUAUAAAACUUUAAUAAUAAACUUCUAAUAUUCUUAUGUUGACUUGAACAAAUCUAUUUUAAAGUCAAUGUCGCAUUAGGUGGCUCUUCCUUCUUUUAUUUCGAGGCAAUAAGCGUAUAAGAUUUGAUGCGUCAUUAAUUUUAAAAUGUUUGCAACUAACCUUCUUACUCGCAAAAAAGUUACAACUCAAUUUUAAUUGACACUUGUUGGAUGUUAUCAUGAUUAAAAAAAACUCCUUUUGUGUCUCGUUUGGCUAAAGGUCUCAUUCCACGAAUCUCAAAUAUUGAAAAACAGCGGUCGGCAACCUUAUCAAGCUGUCCACAGCAAUGUUAAAAGAAAUCCCUGAUUUUUCCCUGACAUUCCUGAAUAUGGUCACCCUUUUGGCAGUCAUGGGCCACAAUGUGGGAACAUAAUGUAAAGUCGAAUCACAUUGUAAAUGUAUGCCUAGAAAUUCAAUCCUAUAUGCGUACAAUUGGUCACGUCUUAUAGAAUCAAUAACUCCACAUCCAUCUACUAUACUGCAUAUAGACUUUAAAAAGAACUCUUGUUUAUUACAAGGUGAACUUGAAUCCUACUAUUUUAAGACUAGUCUUAAAAUGUUGAGUUUACGAAAGAAUGCUUCGAGCCGCGUGUUGCUGACUACUGUUAUAAAAAAUUGGGCUGAAACAUAUUUUGGUUAAAACAGGUGUUAACUUUUUUAUGAAUAAGUGGUAAGAUUAUAAAUUAAUUGGUGCCAAAGCUACAUUGAAUUGUUAGAACAGUUCUAAAUUUAAAUGAAUCUUAUUUCCAGGCAUAUCUACAAGUUAGGUGUUAUAAUGUACUCUAUAGAUAUAAACUUAUGUAAUCACUAUAUUUUUUAUAAUAAAUGAAUAAAUAUAA